ACACAUGCGCAAGAUCUCUCUAUCGACGAUCGAGGCUAGUAGUUUAGCCAGCUCGAAAGACAGGGUACAGCUGCCCCGAAUCUCCAAAAUACGCCUAUUUUCAACGAUGUUCAAAGGAUUUCCUGUUAUCCAGCGUAUAUGUCUGAAAUUUCGAUGAGUUUCAUCAUCUGCUGGUCGAGCAUAAGAACACUCCCAUCGAUGGUUCGAGGAAAGAAAAUGCGUUUACCAAGAGCGAGAUUAUCAAGAACUUGUCUCGGACCGCAAGUCGCAUGUAAAGUGACAUUACGUGGUUUAUGUGCAUAACAAACGAGAGUUUCUUCUGUUGUGAAGACCGAAGUGUGUGUUGGUGAAUGUGAAAUCUUACCCGGUGGAGUCGGCUUACAUAACACUGCACUGAACAGUCUGCGUCGCGUUGCCGUUGCGUUGGUCUCGAUUCUUUCGACUUUUAAUUUUAUUCAGCCAAUCCCCACCCAGGGCCUCUACCUUGACUCUGUACUCCUGAGGAAUUAGCAUCAUUUUCAAAGAGAAAGAACAAUAAUUGUUGGUAAAAUGGCAGCCAUUGUGACAAACUUCCUACCGGAUUCCCCAAGUCAGGACAACCUGAAAUCUCCGACGACACCUACUACUCCAAGCUCCGUCUUCCCUGGGCCUGGUAUGGGAGAAUGCAACCUCUUUUCACCCGAAGAUACGACCAAUGGAGACGAUCCGCUGAUGGGAGAACUUAAUGCUAAGGACAAGCUGGUGUGUCCAUCUGAUACUGUCUAUGAAGCUAUUCUGAAGCAGCUGGAAGAAAGACUGGAGGAAGGUCAAGGAGAAACAAUCUAUACUGUUGGGCAAGGAGGUGAUGGGACCAAGAGUGGAUUGAGUCCUGAUGAGGUGGCCGCAUCGGCAGCAACCCUGGAACGGAUGGCACAAAGUAUAGAGGCUGAUGUGGUGCUGUUGCGAGAAAGGGACGUUGAGAACGGAACAGUGGCUGAUUACCUGGUGAGAAGAAGAGCAGAUGAUGAAGACUUCUAUGAAGUCAGGGUUGCAGUAGUGGGCAAUGUGGAUGCGGGGAAGAGUACUCUGCUUGGUGUAUUAACCCACGGUGAACUGGACAACGGUAGGGGAUUUGCAAGACAGAAACUCUUCAGGCAUAAACAUGAGAUGGAAUCGGGAAGGACAAGCAGCGUAGGAAAUGACAUAUUGGGAUUCGACAGCAAAGGAGAAGUAGUCAACAAGCCAGAUUCCCAUGGUGGGAGUCUUGACUGGGUAAGGAUCUGUGAGAAUUCAUCCAAAGUGAUCACCUUCAUUGACUUGGCUGGCCAUGAAAAAUACCUGAAAACGACUGUCUUUGGCAUGACAGGUCAUGCACCAGACUUUGGCAUGCUCAUGGUUGGCAGCAAUGCUGGAGUGAUCGGUAUGACCAAGGAGCACCUGGGUCUUGCCCUGGCCCUGAGCGUCCCUGUCUUUGUGGUGGUCACCAAGAUCGACAUGUGCCCUCCCAAUGUCCUGCAGGAUACCCUGAAACUCCUGCAGAGGAUACUGAAGUCUCCUGGCUGCAGGAAGAUACCCGUCCUUGUAAACAGCAAGGAGGAUGUCGUCAUGAUGGCUACAAACUUCAGCUCGGAGAGAGUGUGCCCAAUCUUCCAGGUGUCCAAUGUGACCGGUGAGAACCUAGGCCUACUCAAGAUGUUCCUCAACCUGCUGACCACUAGGACAAUGUUUGAUGAGAAUGAACCAGCAGAGUUCCAAAUUGAUGAGACAUACUCUGUACCGGGAGUUGGAACAGUAGUGUCAGGGACGACGUUAAAGGGAACGGUCAGAAUAAAUGAUGUCCUGGCCCUUGGUCCUGAUUCUCAUGGUCACUUCCAGCAGGUCAUCAUCAAGAGUAUUCACAGAAAACGUAUGCCGGUCAAGAUGGUUCGAGGUGGACAAACGGCAUCUUUUGCUCUGAAGAAGCAAAUCAAACGCUCCCAAGUUCGGAAAGGAAUGGUAAUGGUUUCGCCUGAAAUCAAUCCUGUUGCAUGCUGGGAGUUUGAGGGUGAAAUCCUGGUCCUCCAUCACCCAACAACGAUAAGCACUCGUUAUCAAGCCAUGGUUCACGUAGGGAGUACACGCCAGACUGCCUCUAUUAUCUCUAUGAGUGUUGAUCACUUACGGACGGGAGACAAGGCAACAGUACGCUUCAGAUUCAUCAAGAACCCAGAGUAUCUCAAGGCUGAUUGCAGAAUGGUUUUCAGGGAAGGCAGAACGAAAGCAGUUGGCAAGAUCACCAAGAUACUUCCCCAUGCGCCUGCCACUGAAAACAAACAGAAGCACAAGAUCGGCAAAGGAAGAGGGCAUCACCACACGGGGCUUAAGCCUUCAGACCAUGCUACAGCCGGUGCAGGAAGGGGUACUGGACGUAGGGGGCGUCAUAAAGGAAGGGGCGCUGGGGAUCUCGGAGCCACACCGUCUUCUAAAACAACCCUCGUUGGGGCAUCGUAAUGCUACCUUCAGUCUUCAUACAUACAGCAUGGGAAGGAUUUAGUUUAUCGUUUAAGAAGCAGCCCACCUUUUGAGGGCAGUGCUUGUUAAGUUUUCUGCAUACCGUCAUAUGCAUUGAUAUAUUGUUAUUGUGUAAGGCAACCCUUUCCAGACUGCAUCCUUGUAAACUCAGAAUUUCACUGCAUAGCGUUACUUCAGGCAAUUAGUGAUUAUGCUUACAACUACAAUUUUGGAAAACUUUGAGUUCAAAUAUAAUUGUGAAUCACUAUUAUUAUUUUCAAUGUCAUGUGAUGUUGCAAUUGUGAUGAAACUCUCCUAAAAAGGCAGAAAUUUACACUUUCAUAUAACACCGAGAGCUGAUUAUGGCAAAAUCUUCUUUUCAGCUUAGGUACAUGUAUAUGUGACAAUUGUAAUUAACCCUGUGCUGUAAUAAAAAUCUCAUUGGUAAAGGUUUUGCAGACUUGGGCAGCCGCAAUCAUAUCAACUUUAUAUAUGCAAGGACCUCUGUUAAAUGUAAUAUCAUUGAAUACUUUGAAGACAAGUAAAGCAUGGAGGGCCGACGACCAGAUGGAUUGAUUGAUCGUGUCAAAUCCUUGGAUGAUCUACAUAAAAUUACAUUAGUUUGAGAGUACCGUAAUAUUCCCAUCUACAUGAUAGUGUAUAAAAAUUUAUCUUCGAGCCAUCUUGUCACCGUUAUAUGGAAUUUGAGCUUAUUAUACCAAGAAGUUUUAUGCAUGAAGAUUGGUCUAGUUGAGUGAAGUCAUAAUCCUUGAUGAUACAUACAAUUAAACAUCAAGUGGAACAAAAUAGAGAUCUAAUAAGAGGACCAUUAACCAGGAUGGGUAUGUAGGGAGACAAAAUAAUUAGGAUGUAUUAAGCACUCGAAUAGGGGGGGGGGGGUGGGUAAGUCAAUGAAAUCAAGUGAAGAUAUCGAGCAGAAGUUGAGACAAAGUUCUCUUUUUAAAUUGCAGUGUAGAUAGUACAUUUGUAGAUAUUCUCAUAACAGAUUUUCAUUUUUAUGCAUUUUUUUUUCUUCUGUAAUAUUGUUUCUUCCAGUUUGAAGUUUUUUGUUUUUUUAAAACUACAUAGGAGUGCUCUUGUGUAGCUCUUUUUUUGCCUGGACAUGUACUCUGCAAUUCUCAUGACUAUCAUCAUACAAGUUCUUUUUUCCUUUUUUACCCCUCUGACUACAGGAAUUUUGGCCUUGCCUUGCAUAGUUUUCUCAUAAACCAAGGAGCAUGCUGGUUGAUCAAAACAAUGACCUAUGCACAAGUGUUAAUUAUGUUAUUGGCAAAAAUUCAACAAAUGCAGUCAUUUUGAUUGCAUAUUUGAGCAGGUGUAAGUAAAUUAUCGGUAUUUUGCUUCCCCCGAUUUUAGUGCUUAUUGUGUCUGUGUUUAUAAUACCUGUCAUUCAAACUACCACAAUAUUGCAUUUGGUGUUUUGAACUGGAUCAAGUUAAAAAGAGAAUGCUCGGGACUGAAGUUUUUAAGUGAGGCAGCUCAUGGUUUUAUAAUUAAUUGGAACAAUUGGUACUCUUUGCAAGGUGGGGCCUUGUUCUUUUUCAAUCAAAUCUAUGGGGCUCAAAUAUUUGGUAGUCGGAGGGUAAAUAUCGGGAAUGAAUGCGGCUAGGCGAAACUGCGCAACCGUGAGAAGUGUUGGCAAUGCGGUAUUUUUCAGUAAAACAAGAUAUUGCAGCUGUGUACAAAAUACCAUGAAGUUGGCUUGUAGAUCAAGACAGGAAUUAACACGAAUAACAUGGUCAAAUGUAUUUUUUUCUCAGACUUAAUUACUGUUUAGAGGUACAAAAUGUAUUUUUAACAGAUACUUUUAAUAUACGCAUCUGUUAAAUUCAAUUAUAUACCCACAUGUAGUACAAGAGUUCAACAUUCAUAUGAAUCAACAUCUCUGUAAUUGAGCCUUUUUUUCAUUUUAUUAUUCAUGAAUAGGUUUGUUGCUUAUUAUGCACUUUAGACUUACAUUUUUGCUAUAAUUCUGUAUUUUCAUCUUUUAAUUCAUUUUCCUUUUAUUAGGGUUGUUUACAUGAGAACAUUCACUGAUAUUCUGACAAGCAGGCCUUACUUUGGGAAAGGGCAAACAUGUUUACUGGCUACUAUGAAAUUAAUAACAAGAAACAUGUCAUGCAGUGGCUUACGCAGCUGCCAUAAGAUUAAUAUGAAUCGCACUGAAAUCUAAAUUAUUAUAGAAUGAAAACAAACCUUAAUGAAGAAAUACAAGUUUUUAAGAAUAUUGCAGUCUACCAAAUCAGUGAAAUAUUUGGAAACAAUCAAUUGAAUUCAUAUCAGAUAGAGAAACAAAGAGGGGAAAAGAAUGUGUGGGAAGAUAUGAAGCAAUUAGUUUAUGCCAAAAUAAAUGUUAAUUGUAUUAUUAGAACAAA